CGAGAACCUGACGUUGUGGGUCAUAUUCGCCGGCGUCCGCGCCGCCUACAUCGAAUCCUUGAGCCAACAAGUGUGUCCCCUUGCACUUGCUACGUAUGCCUACCACAUUGACCGACCUAAUACACGACCCUUAUGCGACCCUGCGCCUCCUUCGCACAAAAGCUAACGCAAGGUAGCCCCAUGGUGCAAGUAUCAGACAACAAGUGGUCUACCGCGAUUAACGCGACGAUGGCAUCUGCUGUCAUCAUGCAAGGGUCACCCGAGCCCGUUUCAUCGACUUGCGACCAUCCUCCGAGGGAGCUGGAUCACGAGCUGCGCAUUCGCGAGUUGCUACCAACGACGUUUCUGAACAAGUGGGCAUCCUAUUCGCUAGCCAUGGGAGUACUGUAG